CGACAAACACCUUGCCACCCUCGAGUGCUGCGGACAUGUCGGUGCUGCUGGAGACGUCGCUCGGCGACAUCACGAUCGACCUCCUGGUCGAUGAUGCGCCAAAAUGCUGCGAGAAUUUCCUGAAACUCUGCAAACUCAAGUACUACAAUUUCUCGCCCGUCCACAGCGUCCAGCCGAACUUCUCUUUCCAAACCGGCGACCCCAUCGGCCCCGGCUCCAACGACAGCGAUGGCGGCCGCUCGAUCUGGGGUGUACUUGACCCCUCCGACCCCGCGAAGAAGACCUUCAAGCCCGAAUUUCAACACAAGCUGAAGCAUACGGAGAUGGGCACGGUUAGCAUGGCGACCGCCCCAGCACCAGACGACCCAGACGAACGAUUUGCGGGCAGCCAAUUCAUUGUCACGCUGGGAACAGAUAUAGACUACUUGGACAAGAAAGCUGCCAUCUUUGGACAGGUGGUAGAGGGUUUCGAUGUCUUGGAGAAGAUCAACGCCGCAUUCAUCGACGACAAGGGCCGACCACUCAAGGACAUACGCAUUUUGCAUACCGUCGUUCUGGAUGAUCCGUAUGAUGACCCCAAGGGUCUCGUCGAACCGCCAGAGAGCCCCAUCCCUUCGGCGGCCCAGCUCGCCACCGUGCGCGUUGCGCACGACGAGACAUUGGAGGAGGAGACAGAUCCGGAAGCUUUGGAAAAGGUCCGCCGCGAACGGGAGGCGCGCGCACAAGCACUCACACUAGAGAUGGUUGGUGAUCUGCCUUUUGCUGAAGUUGCGCCACCAGAGAACGUUCUGUUCGUUUGCAAACUCAACCCGGUCACCCAGGACGAGGAUUUGGAACUCAUUUUCUCUCGCUUCGGGAAGAUUCUGAGCUGCGAAAUCAUACGGGACAAGAACUCGGGGGACAGCCUCCAGUAUGCCUUCAUUGAGUAUUCGGACCAGAAAGAGUGCGAGCAAGCUUACCUGAAAAUGGACGGCGUGCUCAUUGACGACCACCGCAUUCACGUUGAUUUCUCACAGAGUGUUUCUAAGAUCGCAGACGACUGGCGAGACAACGCCAACAUGAAGCGGCGGCGUGCAGCAGGCGGCGGCUUUGGUGGAAUCGACAACCUACAAAGGAAGAAGCAAUAUCGUGGAGACCACGGCCGCGAAAUCGUCAGUGACUCGGUCGUCAAUAACCUUGUCAUUGACCGGGAAGCGCCUUCAAAUGGUAUCAAAGACCGUCCACGCGGUCCAGAUUCGAGACAGAACGGAAGUCGCGACACAUAUGAGCCGCGGAAAGACGAUGGUCGGAGGAGAGACCGGCGAGAGCAGUCGUAUCAUGAUGAUAGGUGGAAGCGAGAUCGUAGCCGUAGCCCGAGGCGGGAACGCCGUGACCGCGAUGGUGACGGUCGGUAUGAAGAUCGUGCUCGGCACGAGGACCGGCGGCGAGACCGCAGCAGUGAUCGUCAUAGGGAUAGCCGGCGAGACAGAAGUCGGGACCGUCACAGGAGGGACGACCGCGGUGAUCGGCGACGAUAA